GUCUUUCAACUUUGUAUUCCCAGUUCCAACUUUGUACAGCUUGUGCCAAUUACUUGAUAACGAAAGCCUCUAUUAUAUCAUUGAAAAUAACUCCCAGCUUGACUGCAUACAAGUCCCUUUCAUUCCAGGAAUACUAUCCAAAAACUCCAUCUCUCUGAAAGCCAGCAUUCAAGCAUCGACAAAAUCUCUAGACUCAGACCCUUGUACAUUUGUUUUCAUCAUCGAAACUUUAGAUCCGAUAAGAGGGGACCGAGAUGCAAUGAGAAUGAUCUUUCUCCAUUUUGUAUCCAACAUCAGUGCUACCAUUUCGUUCUGUGGCAUUUCUACAUGUAAGACAGAAAUCGAUCCGAAGUUGCAAACAAUCAAUUCACAUCGCAAAAUUUGACCUUCCCCUCCUAUGAAUUUGAUCAGCUUCUGCAAAUUCUAUAGAAUAUUUUACCAUUGUUAACGAGACCUCAAUUAUUUUUGUAUAAAUAAAAAACUCGACCGCCCUCCUCAAAAAGAAAAACAAUGCACAUUUCUUUGGAAUCUUCUCUAGUCUCAGGCGCUGCCACGUAGUUACAAUCGAAGAAAAUUCGAUCCGGAAGUUUCUCGAAAACAGAGUGGAGUUAGAAGUUUCCUGUGGUUUCCUCUGAUUUGUUCCCACGCCAUCAUCGGGUUUUCCUUCCAAAUCCUCCUCCUUUAAAUCCCCACCAGGAACCUUCUAGAACCAACAAACCCCCAAAUUCCUCUCCAAGAUUUCAUCAAAUUCACUUCUUCCAGAAUCGAUUUCUCUAGAUUUUGAUAUGGCUCCUCUGCCGGUGGAGCAGAACGGCGAGUCCACCUCCGGCGAGUCGACGCAGCAGCAGCAGCAGCGAGGCUCCCCGACGCCGUUCCUCAGCAAAACGUACCAGCUCGUCGACGAUCCGGCCAUCGAUGACAUCAUCGCCUGGAGCGGCGACGGAUCAAGCUUCGUCGUCAAGAACCCCACCGUGUUCGCCAGGGAUUUGCUCCCCAAGUAUUUCAAGCACAACAACUUCUCCAGCUUCGUCCGCCAGCUCAACACCUACGGAUUCCGGAAGAUCAUACCGGAUCGGUGGGAGUUUUCCAAUGAUGGCUUCCGUAAAGGCCAGAAACAUCUGCUCUGCGACAUACAGCGGCGGAGGAUAACGCCGCCGGUGGUGGCGUCUCCGGCGGGUGUUCCGGCGAAAUUGGUUAACUCGCCGGCGAACUCCGGCGAGGAGCAGGUGACGACGACGACGACGACGACGGCUUCGUCGAGCUCCUCGCCGCGGCCAAGGAUUCCGUGGCAGCUGGUGGAGGAGAACGAGAGGCUGAGGAAGGAGAAUCUCCGGCUGACCAAGGAGGUCGCCGAGAUCAAGUGUCUUUGUCACAACGUCUUCACCAUGGUGUCCAGCUACGCCUGCGCGAACCCUCCGGAGGGCGGUGAGCUGACGCGGCUGGAGUUGGCGCCGGGGAAGGGGUUCUCCGGCAGGGAGACGAGUCCGAAGAUUUUCGGGGUGGAAAUCGGAGCGAAAAGAGCGAGGGAGGAAGGUGGCGGCGGUGGUGGUGAGGGGCGGUGGCAACGUGGCGAUGUGAAAUCAGAGGCGUGUGAUCAUAGUGACACGCCGUGGCUGAAGCAAUGCCACAGAGCCAAUCAGAGGGUGUGUAAUUGAUACGUAGUCCUUUACAAUAAUUUUAGAAGUUUCAAGUGUGAUAUUGGCGCACGCGUUAAGAUUUGGUGCACGUGCGUUGUCCACUUCUCAAGACUUCUGUAUCUUUCUUCUUUUGCUGUUAGAAAAUAGACGUUUUUUUUUUUUUUUUGGGUCAAUGUGUUAGAAA